UGCGGUGGCUCAACCCCCCCCUGCUUUUCUGCGCUAUGUUGGGGGCUCAGCCCUUGCGCCUCCGUCGGAUCUGCACCCAGGUUCGCUUUUUUUCCGCCGCCGCUGCUCCGGAAUCGGCACCCCCAAAGAAAACUCAGUUUGGUCCCCUCAAAGACGAGGAUCGCAUUUUCACUAAUCUUUAUGGGCGUCAUGAUUGGAGGCUGAAAGGUGCUUUGAGCCGAGGUGACUGGUAUAAAACCAAGGAAAUCCUGCUGAAGGGUAUUGACUGGAUCUUGAAUGAGAUAAAGAUUUCAGGCCUGAGAGGCCGUGGAGGAGCUGGCUUUCCCACUGGCCUCAAGUGGAGCUUUAUGAAUAAGCCUCCAGAUGGCAGGCCAAAGUACUUGGUAGUGAAUGCAGAUGAAGGGGAACCAGGAACUUGUAAGGAUCGGGAGAUUAUGCGUCAUGAUCCCCAUAAGCUAAUAGAAGGCUGCCUAGUGGCAGGAAGAUCUAUGGGUGCUCGAGCUGCCUACAUCUACAUACGUGGAGAGUUCUACAAUGAAGCUUCAAACUUGCAGGUGGCAAUCAAGGAGGCCUACGAAGCAGGACUGGUGGGCAAGAAUGCUUGUGGCUCUGACUAUGACUUUGAUGUCUUUGUGGCAAGAGGGGCAGGUGCUUACAUAUGUGGUGAAGAGACAGCACUUAUUGAGUCCCUUGAGGGCAAACAGGGCAAGCCACGCCUCAAACCUCCUUUCCCUGCAGAUGUAGGGGUUUUUGGGUGCCCUACUACAGUGGCAAAUGUGGAAACAGUUGCAGUAGCACCUACCAUCUGCCGUCGAGGAGGUGCCUGGUUUGCUAGCUUUGGACGUGAGCGCAACUCUGGCACUAAGCUCUUCAAUAUCUCGGGCCACGUCAAUACCCCUUGUACUGUGGAAGAGGAGAUGUCAAUACCACUGCGUGACUUAAUUGAACGACAUGCAGGGGGUGUUAGAGGUGGCUGGGAUAACCUGCUUGCUGUGAUUCCUGGAGGCUCUUCUACCCCCCUCAUCCCCAAGUCAGUGUGUGAAAUGGUACUGAUGGACUUCGAUGCGUUGGUGCAGGCACAGAGCGGGCUUGGGACCGCAGCUCUCAUUGUCAUGGAUAAGUCGACAGAUAUAGUUCGAGCCAUUGCCCGCCUCAUUGAAUUUUACAAGCAUGAAAGUUGUGGGCAGUGCACCCCUUGCCGGGAAGGUGUUGACUGGAUGAACAAGGUCAUGUGGCGAUUUGUGAGAGGCAAUGCCCAAGUGGCAGAAAUUGAUGCACUCUGGGAGAUUAGCAAACAGAUUGAAGGUCAUACUAUCUGUGCCCUAGGGGAUGGGGCUGCUUGGCCUGUGCAGGGUUUAAUUCGUCACUUCCGUCCAGAGCUGGAGGAACGGAUGAGACAAUACAAUGAAUCUAAAAUGCAGCAGAAAUCUGGAUGAACAGUUAUAAACCCUACCUCAGAGAAGUUAACACUGUUCUAUAAUCUUUUGUAAGCCCAUGUCUGCUUUUGCUUGGGCUUCAGGAACAGUGUUUGAUUUCUAUUAUUGUGACAACCUGGCUCAAGUCCUGUUUUUCUUUUGCUUUCUUAUUGGGCAGUUUGUCUAUUAAAUACUUUAGACUGA